AUGGCGAACCUGGCGGUGGGGCUAGCCAAGUCGGUGGUGGAGGGGACGCUGAGCAAGGCGCACGCGGCGGUGCAGGAGGAGGCCAAGCUGCGCCUCAGCGCGCGCCGCGACCUCGUCUUCAUCACCGGCGAGCUCGAGAUGAUGCGGUCGUUUCUCAACGUCGCCAACGCGGAGCGCGUCGAGAACGCCGUGGUGCGCACCUGGGUGCGCCAGAUCCGCGAGCUCGCCUACGACGUUGAGGACUGCAUCGAGCUCGUCGUCCACCUCGACAAAGGGAGGACCAGCUUCUGGUUCCGCCUCCGCCGGCUCUGCGUCCCCUGGACGCGCCCGCCGCGGCCGCCGGCGCUGGAUCAGGCGGUCGAUGAGAUCGAGCAGCUCAAGGCCAGGGUCGCCGACGUCAGCACCAGGAACGCGCGCUACAGCCUCAUCAGCGACACUGGAUCCAAGCCCGUGGCGCAGCAGCAGCUGACGGCGGCCGCUGCCGCCGGCGACACGGUGGCCGCGUCCAACAUGCUCGCUGAGGCAAGGUAUGCCGCCAUGAGAGAGCAGGUCCUCGGCAGCGAUCUCACCCAGCUAGUCACCAAAGAAGGCGGUGACGGCCACGACCUUCAGCUUCAUGUGGUCUCGGUGUGGGGGUCAGCCGGCUUCCACGGUGCCACAUCCAUCAUCACCAAGGCCUACAUUGACCCAGAGAUCUGCAGAAACUUCACCUACCGCGCCUGGGUGAAGCUCAUGCAUCCCUUCAUUCCGCACGACUUCGUCCGGAGCUUGAUGCUUCAGUUCUGCGCAGAAGAAGAAGAACAUGAAGGACCGGACACAUGUAUGGAUGUCCUAACGAUGAUGCAGGCCACCCAGGAGGUCCUCUUUAAGGAAUUCAAGAAGAUGCUCACGGAGAAGAGUUACCUCGUUGUCUUGGAAGACCUCUCAAACAUGGCUGACUGGCAUGCUUUGAGGAAGUUCCUUCCAGACAGGAGGAAAGGCAGCUGGAUCAUCGUGUCCACGCAGCAACCUGAAGUAGCAAGCUCGUGCAUCGGGCACCCAUACCAGAUACUGGAGCUCAAGCAGUUCUCGCCCGAGCACUCUGUUUGUGCCCUCUUCAAGAAGGGUUCUGAUGGCGAUGGAGAUAAAGGCAAGAAAACAAUGGUGGAAGAUUCUCCCCUCAUUGGACGUGAGUCGCUAAUGAAUCAACUUCGUCAAUAUCCAGCAAAAGCACGUAUAAAUUCUUGGCAGGUGAUGUCUGUGUGGGGAAUAGCCGGUGUUGGGAAGUCGACUCUCGUGAGAAAGUUGUAUGAUGACACAAUGCGCGACACAAACCUAUUCACAGAGUACCAUUGGGUGAAUAUAUCUCAUCCAUUCAAUUUAAGGGACUUCCAAAGGAGCUUACCUCCGAAUUUUCGUUUUGCGGAAUUAGGUUGGCUCAUUGUUAUUGAUAAUGUCCAGUCCAAGAAGGAAUGGGACUUGAUACAAACUUCCUUGGUAAUACCUAGAUCUUCUAAGAGCGUUGUCAUUGUCAUCACAACCGAAGCAAGCAUUGCCGCAUAUUGCGCGAAUCGCGAAGAGCUUGUGUUUAAUGUCAAAGGUCUGGAAGCUGCUGCAGCCUCAACUCUCUUUGAAAAGGUAUACCUGGAAAAAUCAUCAGACACAGACACAAGAGCUCUACAAUAUAUCCAAGUAGAAGAACUUAUUUUGAAGUGUGGAGGUCUUCCCAAAGUGAUAGUUGCUAUAGCUGCCGUAUUGGCCAAACAAACGGUCACAAGGAUGGAUAAUGUGGUUUCUUUAAAUCAAAGAUUUAUGCACCACCUGGAGACUGAGCCGGACUAUGAUAGUCUAUGUGAUCUAUUUGGUUGGAUGCAUUCCUAUUUCCGUACUUGCACUGAUUCAAUCAAGCCAUGUAUCUUCUACCUGUCGAUCUUUCCUCGAGACCGCCUCAUUCGGCGAAGGCGAUUAGUAAGGCGGUGGAUUGCAGAGGGAUACUCUAGAGACGGCGACAAUGAAUCUGCAGAGGAGAAUGGGGAGAGGCAGUUCUCCGAGCUCCUUGAUCUGAGCAUAAUCCAGCAGGUGCCAUACUUAGUCACAAACACAUUGAAUGCCACAAGAUUGGCGCUGCUGUGUCAGGUCAGUGGUUUUUUCCACGAGUACAUCAUCCCGGGCCAAGAAGAAGAAAACCUUAUGUUUGAGCUGGGGCCUAAUUGUGCCCUAACCACCCAGCGCACAGGGCGUCACCUUGUCAUAUUGCACGACUGGAAGAGGGACAAAAUUGUGUUUGAGAGCAUGGAUUUCUCGCGGCUUAGGUCACUGACGGUGUUUGGCAGGUGGAAACCAUUCUUCAUCUCUGAAAGUAUGAUGCUUCUUCGGGUGCUUGAUCUAGAGGAUGCAUCAGGUAUAGAGUAUGCGGAUCUUGAGAACAUAUUAAAAUGGCUGCGUCGUCUCAAGUUCCUUUCACUACGAGGACGGCACGAGAUACACCAUCUUCCAGAUAAUAUGGAUCAUCUGAGGCAGCUGCAGACUUUGGAUGUCAGGGGCACCUCCGUACUCACCCUGCCAGAGAACAUCACCAAGUUGCAGAAGCUACAGUACAUACGUGCCGGCGCCACUUGCCCAGCUGCAUCAGCACCACCUGCUCCAUCCAGCUGGUUCUGCACACCUCACCGUAUAGUUGGUGUUCAGGUGCCUGGAGGCAUUGGGAAACUGACGGCGUUGCACACGCUUGGUGUCGUCAACAUUUCUGCUUCUGGUGGGAAGGCCAUGGCGAAAGCUCUCAAGAAGCUCACCCAGUUGCGCAAGCUCGGAGUGUCCGGCGUUAACAGGAAGAACAGCAAGGAUAUUUUCUCUGCAAUCCAGGGUCAUGUUCAUCUGGAAUCCUUGUCUGUCCAGCUUGACAAGGACAACCAAGGCUGUUGCUUGGAUGAUCAGACAUCCUUGCCUUGGAAUAAUCUACGGAGUCUUAAACUGUACGGGCUUCAAGAUAGGUUGCCGUUGUCAAGCGGCCUUGGCUCUGACCAAGGAGUAUUGAGCGACACACUUAUCAAACUCAGGAAGAUGGAUCUGGAGAUGUCCACUUUGAAAGAACGAGACAUUAAGUUCCUCGGCGAGGUACCAAAUCUAUGUAUUCUACGCCUUCGUAUCAAGCAGCCCAGUCUCCAGUUUAAGGCUGAAUUGCAUGCAAUGGAGUUGCCCACCUAUAAAAUGGUCAAGAUCCUCGAGAUUGGUUGCAGCUCCAGCUCAUUAUCUGUGAAGUUUGGUUCAGAGACGAUGAAAAGUCUAGAGCUGCUCAAGCUUGACUGCUCCAGUGGGGCGUCAUAUGAUCUUGAUGGCCUUGAUUGUCUACCUGAGCUCAAGGAAGUCUUGAUCAUUGGUAACAAUAAUGAAACACUCGAGACUGAACUGUCGAACAAGCUUCUCAACCAUCCAAACAAACCUGUCUUGAAGAAGGAAUUACCACGUUCGUCCUGA